CUUUAUUUACGUCUCACUAGAACUGCACAAUUUCGAUCAGUUAUGGUCUGGGUUUAUUUAUUUAUUUUUUGAAUAACUGUUGCGCGUUUCCUUCUGAUUAGGAGUUCAAGUACUUUAUUUAAGUCUCACAAGAGCUUCACAAUAGGCAACCAGCCAUUGACUGGGAAACAUUCCUGAAACAUGUCAUCACAAUUUUGAUCCUCUGCAGAAGGGAUAGCCCGACGACCUGCGCGCAAAAUUCAGCACUUUACUAUAUAACAGUUUAAUGAGGACCGAUUCAGCUCACCCUCGGUUUCUUGUCAGGCUGAUCAAAGUGGUCACUCAACAGCUCACUGACCGUAGUCAGUGACUGUUGACUUCGGUGAUUUACUUGGAACCGUUACAUACGAUCAGCUCACAGUGGGACUUUCUGUAGUUAUUCUUAUAGUCUUUCUGUUGUUAGUUUAUAAGCUUUUAUAACAUGCAUACUUAGAUUAAGAAUCUGCAGAACUUCUGAACUCAAAAUGAUUACUUUCUGCUGAUAAUUUCUAUGCAGUUGAAGUUGAUUCCUUUUUUUUUAUUCUUUUCAGGGCUUUAGAACAAAUGCGCUAUAAACUGGAAUUUAUUUUAAUAUCUUUUGCUAUCCAAGUUGUUGAGGGUACUGGUAUUGCAGUUUUAGUUGUAUCGACAUUCAUAAUUCUCUUUUCAGAAGAAACGCGGAAAGCUAAUUAUAACUCAGUAUGGGUCAUGGCUUUUACAGUUCUUGGAAUAUCUGUUGGACCAAUAUGUGGAGAAGUUGUACAUAAAGCUUUUGGAUUUGGCAUACCAUUUUAUGGAAUAGGUGUAAUCACUGUUUUAUCCAGCUUUCUAUUACUGGCACUGAUAGUGGAACCAGGCCAGAAAAUAUCUCAUAAAGACAUCCCUGUUAUAUCAUGGAUGAAAGAAACCAAGAUGUUGCCUUACUUUAUAAUAAUUUUUGUUACUUUUAACUUCACUGGAGUCCUUGCUGUUGUAUUAGAGCUAUAUUUGCAACAGUUUCAUUUAGAUAAAGUGUACCUUGGACUACUCUUUGGUAUACCAUCUUUGGCUUGCGGACUUUCAGCUCCAGGUUGGUGGUGGAUGACAAAAAAAGGAUGCAAUAGCUUAUUGCUUACUUGUAUAGCAAGUAUCUUGAUUAUUGCUGCUUUGAUUUUAAUAGUGCCAGCAUCAUUUACAGCUUUAGAUGUAUCCUUAGUGAAUGUGUCUGUUGCUCUUCUCCUUCAAGGUCUUGGUAGUGGCGGGAAACUAGCCUGUUCUGUAUAUGCUGCCAAUAGAGAGCUCAAAACAAGGAGAACUAUUAAUGGAACACCCGAGCCACAACCGUUACUUAUACCCACAAUAUUUACUUUCGGAGCUUUUUCAGGAUUUUUCACAGGAUGCUUUGUAUCAGGAUUUACAUUCUAUUAUAGUGGUAUUAAGAACACAUCAUACUUUUUGUACUCUUUAGAAGCUAUUUCAGUGAUAACUGCAGUUAUCUUUGCAUUCAAGAGCAACUAUCGAGUUCCUAGACGUCCUGUGACAAUUGAAGAGACACAACCAAUUCUACAAAGCUGAUAGGCAGGAUCUGAAAAUUGACUUUUUUUAAAAACUUUCUUUUCAAUUAUGUUUAUAAAUUAUUGCUUGACUGUGAAAACUCGUUCAUUAAACUUUAUUUAUAUUUUUAAUAUGCAUAUCUAUUUUUUUUAAAGUUGUAAUUAAAUGUAUUUUAAAACAAA